CCCAACCAGAGCCUUCGGCUGGGCUGUGGCUCCUCUCUCAGGGGACAGCGUAGGCCCUAGGGGUCAGUUGGAGAGGGCUCUGGCUGCCAGCGACUGCUCUGGGGGUGUCUGGGACCAAGGACGAUCCUGGGUAAGCUGGCUGGGCUGGCACCAAAGAGUAGAUUCCAGUGGGAGGGGUCUCCCUGGUGCGCAGGACAGAGGCGCUGGGAUGGGCGACCUGGGCUUGGGGGAGGGGUCUGCCUGUCGAUGGGAGAGCCAAAGGGCCCUGUGGGCUUUCCCACCUGCCCCCUAAGACUGGAGCUUCCCUAAGGUAGAGGUGGUUCCCCCUUAGAUAGAGGCCACUCAGGGGUAUGGGCUGGGUCUCCCCCGUCAGACAGGAGCCAAGGUAGGGAGAAGGGAUGGUUUGGAGUCUUGCCCAUCAGUCUCGGAGCUCCCCAGGCACAGGAACAGCAUCAGGCGUCCAGCCUCAGCCUCUGCUGCUGGGUCGGGAUCAAGUGCUCUCCUUUCCCUUCCUCUCUCCACUUGGCCUUUGCCCUAAGCCAAGACCUGGCCACCAGGCUGGCUGCAGGCGCCUGCAGAGCCAGCUGCACUUUUUCAGGUAUGGGGGAGGGCCAGGUACCAUGAAGCCAGUGCGGGUCACCACCCUUCUGUGGAUGCUACUGCUGGUGCUCGGGCUUGGGGCCACCGGGAAGGGGUCCCCAGAAGAGGCCUCCUUCUACUAUGGAAACUUCCCUCUUGGCUUCUCCUGGGGCGUGGGCAGUUCUGCCUACCAGACGGAGGGCGCCUGGGACCAGGACGGAAAAGGGCCCAGCAUAUGGGACGUCUUCACACACAGUGGGAAGGGGAAGGUGCUCGGGAAUGAGACAGCAGAUGUAGCCUGUGAUGGCUACUACAAGGUCCAGGAGGACAUCAUUCUGCUGAGGGAACUGCACGUCAACCACUACCGAUUCUCCCUGUCUUGGCCCCGGCUCCUGCCCACAGGCGUCCGAGCCGAGCAGGUGAACAAGAAGGGAAUCCAAUUCUACAGUGAUCUUAUCGAUGCCCUUCUGAGCAGCAACAUCACCCCCAUCGUGACCUUGCACCACUGGGAUCUGCCGCAGCUGCUCCAGGUCAAAUACGGUGGGUGGCAGAAUGUGAGCAUGGCCAACCACUUCAGAGAUUACGCCAACCUGUGCUUUGAGGCCUUUGGGGACCGUGUGAAGCACUGGAUCACGUUCAGUGAUCCUCGGGCAAUGGCAGAAAAAGGCUAUGAGACGGGCCACCAUGCACCGGGCCUGAAGCUCCGAGGCACCGGCCUGUACAAGGCAGCACACCACAUCAUUAAGGCUCACGCCCAAGCCUGGCAUUCUUAUAACACCACGUGGCGCAGCAAGCAGCAAGGUCUGGUGGGAAUUUCAUUGAACUGUGACUGGGGGGAACCUGUGGACAUUAGUAACCCCAAGGACAUAGAGGCUGCCGAGAGAUACCUACAGUUCUGUCUGGGCUGGUUUGCCAACCCCAUUUAUGCUGGUGACUACCCCCAAGUCAUGAAGGACUACAUUGGAAGAAAGAGUGCAGAGCAAGGCCUGGAGAUGUCAAGGUUACCAGUGUUCUCACUCCAGGAGAAGAGCUACAUUAAAGGCACAUCUGAUUUCUUGGGAUUAGGUCAUUUCACUACUCGGUACAUCACGGAAAGGAAGAACCCCUCCCGCCAGGGGCCCAGCUACCAGAAUGAUCGUGACUUGAUAGAGCUGGUUGACCCAAACUGGCCAGCUCUGGGGUCUAAAUGGCUAUAUUCUGUGCCAUGGGGAUUUAGGAGGCUCCUCAACUUUGCUCAGACUCAAUACGGCAAUCCUCCCAUAUAUGUGAUGGAAAAUGGAGCAUCUCAAAAAUUCCACUGUACUCAAUUAUGUGAUGAGUGGAGAAUUCAGUACCUUAAAGGAUACAUAAAUGAAAUGCUAAAAGCUAUAAAAGAUGGUGCUAAUAUAAAGGGGUAUACUUCCUGGUCUCUGUUGGAUAAGUUUGAAUGGGAGAAAGGAUACUCAGAUAGAUAUGGAUUCUACUAUGUUGAAUUUAACGACAGAAAUAAGCCUCGCUAUCCAAAGGCUUCAGUUCAAUAUUACAAGAAGAUUAUCAUUGCCAAUGGGUUUCCCAAUCCAAGAGAGGUGGAAAGUUGGUACCUCAAAGCUUUGGAAACUUGCUCUAUCAACAAUCAGAGGCUUGCUGCAGAGCCCUUGCUAAGUCACAUGCAAAUGGUUACAGAGAUCGUGGUACCUACUGUCUGCUCCGUCUGCGUCCUCAUCACUGCUGUUCUACUAAUGCUCCUCCUGAGGAGGCAGAGCUGAGACAGGAUUAUCAGUUUUGGAGCUUCGUAAGAGAAUCUUCAGGAUCUUCCUCCCUUUUCCACUUUGAGGGGUUUCCAUAUAUUUCUGUUUUCAGGUUCUACAAUAAUUACCUUUUUUUCUCUUUCUCUUUUUGGCUUGUGCUGGGAUUUAAGAAUUAGAAAAUAAAAAUAAGCAGAAAUAAAAAAAAAAAAUCACUUGUAAUCUCACCCCUCCUAAAGUUAAUAUUAAGAUUUUGCAUUGUAUAGGCCGGGCGCGGUGGCUCAUGCCUGUAA